AUGUCAACCGCAUACAUUAACGGAAAAAUCUAUACCAUUUCUGCUCAAAAAUGGGCAGAAGCAUUUUUGGUUCAAGCUGAUGGAACUUUCGGCCUUGUUGGCACCUCGAAGGAGGUCAUGGCCACUGACCCAGCCAAGGUCGUCGACCUGGAGGGCCAAUUCGUCAUGCCAGGAAUGCAUGACGCUCAUUGCCACCUUUUGAUGGCUUCCGAGGAAAAGUUGUUCGAAGCCAAGCUUGGAACCUCAGGAUCCCAGGAGGAGAUCGUCCAUAAGUUCAAGGAGUAUGCAUCUGGUGCGUGUGCGCAUUUGGGAACGGUUUCGAAUUGGCUCGUUGGUAAUUUCUACCACUAUGCCAGUUUCAAAGACGAAAAACCCGACCGGCAAUUUUUGGACGAUGCUUUCGGCGACCAGCCCGUGGUCAUUCGUGAGUACACCACCCACAACAUCUUUGCCAACACUGCUGCCCUUCGUGCUGCUGGAUACGAAGAAAAUCCCGUCGACCCUUGGGACGGAUACUAUGUUCGCAGAGAAGAUGGCACAAUCACGGGAGAGCUUGUCGAAGGAGCUGCCACGCGGAUGUUUGCUUCGUUGCCAAAGGGCCGUCCCGAGGACAACGUUGUUGCCUUGGAGUACGGUGUCAAGAUGGCCAACCGGUUUGGCUUCACCACCGUUCAGGAAGCUUCGGCCAACACGGUGUAUUUGGAGGCGGCCAAGAAGCUCGAGGAAAAAGGCACUCUGACCAUCAACCUCGACGCACACGUGGUGUUCUAUGGUGUUGGAGCAUUCCCACAGGAAUCUGUUGGUUCAUUGCACCAUGCUUUGUGGAAUGCUAAAAACUAUAAGUCCAAGCAUUUCAACCCGAUGUUCACCAAGUGCUGGAUUGACGGAGUUCCUUGGCAUCCUCACGAGACUCACUGUCCGUUGACAGACGACGGCGAGGUUGACUAUUCGAGAUUGUUGAUUCCUCCUGAAACGUUCAAAAAGGCCAUCGAAAGGUUCGACGCCGAAGGACGUACUUGCAAAGUGCACGUUUGCGGCCAGGGAUCGGCCAAGUUUGCGCUGGACUGUUUCGAGGAGCUGCGCAAGGCCAAUCCGAACGGUCCCCGCCACGAACUGGCCCAUAACAUGGACGUUACCGCGGCAGACUGUCAACGGUACAAACCGCUAAACAUCACUGCGGAGAUGUCGCCAGCUAUUUGGCACGACCCAGACUUCCAGCCAGAAGUGAACCCAAAGAGUGUUUAUCCAUUCAACACUCUGCAGGACGCUGGAGCGUUGUUGACCAUCGGUUCCGACUGGGUGUUUGCUCCAGACACCCCAAACAUUUUCCCAGGUCUGCAGGCCCUGAUGGAAAAGAAACACGGCUGGGACAUGAAACGAGAGGACAUUCUACGGAUCGUGACUCUGGACGGAGCCAAAGCGGUGGGCAGAGAGUCCACGGAAGGCUCUAUCGAGGCCGGAAAGCUGGCUAAUUUCAUUGUUCUGGACCGUAACAUGGUGGAAUGCGAGUCUGUGGCAGACACGAUUGUGAAAAAGACAUAUUUCGAAGGAAAGUGUGUGUACGACUACGACACAGAUGAGCUCAAGCAUAUGCAAGGCCAUUUGUGA